ACGGGAGGAGACUACUCAGUAAGGGUGGCCCAAACAGAGCAUGCGCUGCGUGGAGUAGGCGGCCGCGUCUGCGCAUGCGCACUCUCGGCGGCAGUGACUGAAGGAUCUCAGGUGAGGUCGGAUGGCGGCGGCCGGGUCGAGGAAGCCCGGCUCCCCGCGGGACUCGGAGUCGGAGGUGUGGUCCCGGCGGGUGAGGGAGCUGGUGAGCUCCGUGCCGGCCAGCCGCCUCUGCUUCGAGUGCGGGCAGCGCGGCGUCACCUACGUCGACAUCACCAUCGGCAGCUUCGUCUGCACCGCCUGCUCCGGGGCGCUCCGUGGCCUGAACCCCCCUCACCGGGUCAAAUCCAUCUCCAUGACAACCUUCACGGAAAGCGAAGUCCAGUUCCUCCAGACCCGUGGGAACGAGGCCUGUCGCAAGAUCUGGUUGGGCACCUUCGACUCACGGACAUCUCUGCUACCAGAUUCCCAGGACCCCCAGAAAGUGAAGGAGUUCCUGCAAGAGAAAUACGAGAAGAAGAGAUGGUAUGUCUCCCCAGAGCAAGCCAAAAGCCUGCCCUCCCUGUCUUCCCAAAGCUCCACUGCAGAGGCUAAGACGCUACUGGGAGAUUCUGGGCCACUGUCUGCAGCACCCAAGCCUGCUCAGACUCUAGAGAAAGCCCAGCCACAGGUCCCUCAGCCAGCCAAGAAAGCCAGUGUAGACCUCCUGGCAGACAUCGGAGGAGACCCCUUUGCUGCUCCACAGCCUGGACCUGCCUUCACAGCCUUCCCUGCCUUUGGGGGCCAGGGGCCAGCCCACCCUGCCUUCACCAGCUUUGAUGCCUUUGGUGGGAGUCCGGUGGCAUCCGUGGCAUUUGGAGAUGGGGCCUCCUCCACCCACAGCCCUUUCCAGAGUCCACCCAUGAUAACAGGUGGCACUCACAUGGGCGGAUUCCCAGCGUCCCCUGCCACCCAGCCUGGGGUUGGCAUUCCAGACAUGAGUGGGGCCUUCAGAUUGGGCGGCGUUCCAAGCAGUGUCUUUGGGCCCCUCAGCCAGUCGCCUGUCCUGCCCCCGCCUAGCCCAGCUCCUGCCUACGGAGCCUGCACCAACCCCUUUGCCACAUCUGCCAUCACGCAGUCCACCCUACCUUCCACUAACCCCUUCCAGACCAAUGGCUUGGGUCCAGGCGCCUCCUUCGUGGUGGGCUCACCCAGCAGCUUCUCCUCCUCUUCCUCCCCACUUUCGGGGGUCUUUGGGUCCCCACUGCAACAGCCACCACCGCAGCCACCAGCCCCCCUCUUCCCUCCACAAGCGGUUCUCGCCCAGCAAAAUGGCGGGUCUCCUUUUAGUGGAUUUCCCAUACCGAAAGCUGCACAGAGGCCACUUAUACAGCCAGUUGGCAUCUCUACCAACCCUUUUGUGGCCCCAAUGUCCCCGGCGCCCACCGUCCCCUUCACCCUAUCAAAACACCCCCAUACCAACCCUUUCUUAUAGCGCUGGUAUUCUCAGACGCUGGAGAGAGAAAACCCCCCCCCCCACCUCCAUUGCACUUUGCCUCUGAGCGUAUUUAGGAGAAAACAUCCUGCCCUUCUGCCAACCUGCAUCGCCUGGACAGGGGUACAGGUCCAAAGUGCUUUCUAAAUCUUCAGUCUUUGAGAAGGGGCAUGCCCCCUUCCCCCAAAGAAACAGCGCAUGGUGAGGGUCUUGAGGCAACCAGGGAAAGUAGGCAGGCAGUGAUGCAUGCUGGGCAGCAGGGAGGAGGGAAGAUGUCAUAGGGAUCCAGAAUCUGCCUAAAAGAGGCUGAAGGAUUUCCGCCCCUCUGGCAGUGGAUGCCUAAGGCGCUUGGUGCCUACCUGAGACCCAGAAGCAGUACAUGUUGGAAGUAAGGAAAUCAGAUCUCUGAGCAACCCAGGAGCAUGUCUGAGUGCAGCGCUCUUCCUCUCCCCCUUACACACCACCCCUUCUAAUCUCCCAGCAACCUUUCUUGUUGGUGCAUCCAGAUGACCAGUAGAAAGGCAGGAGACCAUAAUGUUUAAUUUGCACAAUCCUCCCAGGGGGCGCUUAACAGCAUCUCACUCUCGGGCUUCUUCGGGGCUCCCUUCCCCUGCACUUAAUCAGCCAUGCUGGCCACAGAGACAAGAUUCCAAAGCCUACCUUGCAGGGUGGGUGGGGGAGCCAUUCACCUGUGAAUCCUCCAGCCAACUCCACAUACCCUGACCUCCCCCACUCUUUUCUUUCAUGAUUUUAUUGCACUAACAGGAGAAGGGGUUGGUUCUUGCCGCACAUAAGCAGAAUGCCAAGAGGGGCCUUUCUCAGUGUCAGUCAGUUCCCCGGUUCCCAUUUCUGAUCAGAGGAGGAAAAGAAGUGAUGGAAAGAUUAGUGCCAGAGAAAGAGAAAUGCCAAGGGUCACACCUCAACCUGGGCCUUUCUCUGGCUCCAUGUAGCUUCUGGAUCAGUGAGUCUUUUCCUCAGAAAAUGCAUUUUUGGCUGCCUCCCCCACGGCUUCUGGGCUUGACGGAGGACUCCAGAGUCAGGGAAACGCUGGGCAUUAGCGUCAGGCCCACGCUGAGGGUCUCCAGGUAUCAUAAGGCACCUGUGGGCCUGAUGGCAAUGCCUAGUAUUUCCCAGGGUACUUCUUUGAACCUCUAGGGCUACCCUAUGAACCGGAGGGUGUCCCAAUUGGAAUCACUCUCUGAAAGCUCAGGGGAGGCCUACAAGUCCUCAGAAUUGCCAAAGAAUUGUGGGGGAGAACUCUCUUUCUUCCAUGAGUGAUUUAAGCUCUCUCUUCUCUGAGCGUAUACCCCUCCGCUGAAACACAGUCUCAGCUCUUUCCCUCGCUGCCAUGUCUCCGUUUCCCACCCCUCUUUAAAGGAAACUGGAAUGCAAGGCGCCCAGCCCAAAGUCUUCCAUCGGCCUCGUCUUAUCCAAGGCAGUCAGUGCCUGCUGAGCCCACCUUCCAAAAAGUUCCAUUUUAGGUGCCUCCUUACCACCAUCACCAUCUUGCAAUUCUACGAUGCAACAUUUUCUGUCCUCACUUACUUGGGAUUUUUGGAAAAAUUGACCCAGUGUUGUAAGAAGUCAGUUUUUUUAAUUCCCAGACAUUUUUUGCGGACAAUGGCAAAAAUAGGUGAAAGUGUUCUUGUUGUAUCUUAAUGUAUCUGGGAGCAGAAGAUCACAGCUGUGCUAAAAGAAUAAUCUUCCUUGAUUUUGCUUUUAAAUUGUGCUGUAGUCCUACUUCUUUGCACAUCCUUCCUCCGCACCAUUUUAUUCUCUGGCCGUUGGCUUGCCAUAUCCUAUCUGGCCAGGUCUUUCAUGCUAGCUGGGGCUCCCUUUUGGGGGGAUAAAAGUUCUCACCCCACCUCCCAAAAUCUCUCCCCUAAGAAAGAAGGGACUGUUCCCUUAAGGAAAACUGGAGUUUCUAUUUUCAAGAAAAAUACGGACUACAUUUUUAAAGAUAUCUAUCUAUCUAUAUAAUCACUAUAUAUAUAUAUAUAUAUAUAAAUAUAAACACAAAAUGUGUUGCACUCAAAAUGUCUAUAAAUAAUCUAUAUGAGAGAAAAAAAAUGUUAUUUAAAAACAACA